AUGACGACAGACGGCUGCGACUGGAUUUAUUUUGUGUGCCUCUUUAACAAGCACAAGCCAUGGCUUGAGCCCACCUAUCAUGGCAUAGUCACAGAAAAUGACAACACGGUGCUUCUCGACCCUCCACUGAUUGCCCUGGAUAAAGACGCGCCUCUGCGUUUUGCAGAGAGUUUUGAGGUGACAGUCACCAAAGAAGGUGAGAUUUGUGGAUUUAAAAUUCACGGGCAGAAUGUCCCCUUUGAUGCAGUGGUAGUGGACAAAUCCACUGGCGAGGGAAUAAUUCGCUCGAAAGAGAAACUGGACUGUGAACUGCAGAAAGACUACACAUUCACCAUCCAGGCCUACGACUGCGGGAAGGGACCCGACGGUGCCAACGUGAAAAAGUCUCAUAAAGCAACUGUCCACAUUCAGGUGAACGACGUCAAUGAAUACGCGCCCGUAUUCAAGGAGAAGUCCUACAAAGCGACCGUGGUCGAGGGGAGGCAGUAUGACAGCAUCGUGCGGGUGCAGGCCGUGGACGCGGACUGCUCCCCACAGUUCAGCCAGAUUUGCAGCUACGAAAUCGUCACUCCGGACGUGCCCUUCGCUGUCGACAAAGAUGGUUACAUAAAAAACACAGAGAAGCUGAACUACGGAAAGGAACAUCAAUAUAAGCUGACGGUCACCGCCUACGACUGCGGGAAGAAGAGAGCGACAGAAGAUGUUCUGGUGAAGAUCAGCAUUAAACCCACCUGCACCCCUGGGUGGCAAGGAUGGAACAACAGGAUUGAGUAUGAGCCCGGCACGGGCGCUUUGGCCCUCUUCCCCAAUGUCCACCUGGAGACGUGUGAUGAGUCAGUGGCCUCGGUGCAGGCGACGGUGGAGCUGGAGACCGGCCACAUCGGCAAAGGCUGCGACCGUGACACUUACUCGGAGAAGUCCCUUCACCGGCUCUGUGGCGCUGUGUCUGGCACUGCAGAGCUGCUCCCUUCCCCGGGCGGCUCCCUGAACUGGACCGUCGGCCUCCCCACUGACAACGGCCACGACAGUGACCAGGUCUUCGAGUUCAAUGGCACUCAGGCAGUGAGGAUCCCAGAUGGCGUCGUUUCCAUCAACCCGAAAGAGCCGCUAACGAUUUCUGUGUGGAUGAGGCACGGGCCUUUUGGCAGGAAGAAGGAGACGAUUCUUUGCAGUUCAGACAAGACAGAUAUGAACCGGCACCAUUACUCCCUCUACGUCCACGGCUGCCGGCUUGUUUUCCUCCUCCGUCAGGAUCCUUCAGAAGAGAAGAAAUACAAGCCUGCGGAGUUCCACUGGAAGUUGAAUCAGGUCUGCGAUGAGGACUGGCACCACUAUGUCCUCAACGUGGAAAUCCCAAGGGUGACUCUCUACGUGGACGGUGUUUCCCACGAGCCCUUCUCUGUGACUGAAGAUUACCCGCUUCAUCCAUCCAAGAUCGAAACUCAGCUCGUGGUUGGGGCUUGCUGGCAAGAGUAUUCAGGAGUUGAAAAUGACAAUGAAACUGAGCCUGUGCCUGUGGCCUCUGCAGGUGGUGACCUGCAUAUGACCCAGUUUUUCCGAGGUAAUCUGGCUGGCCUGACAAUCCGUUCCGGGAAACUCGAGGAUAAGAAGGUGAUUGACUGUCUGUAUACCUGCAAAGAGGGGCUAGACCUGCCGGUCCCCGAAGACAGUGGCAGAGGCGUGAAGAUCCAAGCCAACCCCAGCCAGUCGGUGCUGACCUUGGAGGGAGAGGACGUCGGGGAGUUGGACAAGGCCAUGCAGCACGUUUCCUACCUGAACUCACGGCAGUUCCCCACACCUGGGAUCCGGAGACUCAAGAUCACCAGCACGGUCAAGUGCUUUAACGAGGCCGCCUGCAUUUCAGUCCCCCCGGUAGAUGGCUACGUGAUGGUUUUACAGCCAGAAGAGCCCAAGAUCAGCCUGAGUGGAGUCCACCAUUUUGCUCGAGCAGCUUCUGAAUUUGAAAGCUCUGAGGGGGUUUUCCUUUUCCCUGAGCUUCGCAUCAUCAGCACCAUCACGAGAGAAGUGGAGCCUGAAGGAGAGGGGGACGAGGACCCCACAGUUCAAGAGUCCCUGGUGUCUGAGGAGAUCGUGCAUGACCUGGAUACCUGCGAGGUCACGGUGGAGGGAGAGGAACUGAACCCAGAACAGGAGAGCCUGGAGGUGGACAUGGCCCACCUGCAGCAGAAGGGCAUUGAAGUGAGCAGCUCUGAUCUGGGCAUGAUUUUCACAGGCGUGGACAGCAUGGCCAGCUACGAGGAGGUUUUGCACCUCCUGCGCUAUCGGAACUGGCACACCAGGUCCUUGCUUGACCGGAAGUUCAAGCUCGUCUGCUCCGAGCUGAAUGGCCGCUACGUCAGCAAUGAAUUUCAGGUGGAGGUGAAUGUGAUCCACACGGCCAACCCCGUGGAACACGCCAACCACAUGGCUGCCCAGCCACAGUUUGUUCACCCCGAGCAUCGCUCCUUCGUUGACCUUUCGGGUCACAACCUGGCCAACCCCCACCCGUUCGCAGUCGUCCCCAGCACCGCAACCGUUGUGAUUGUGGUGUGUGUCAGCUUCUUGGUUUUCAUGAUUAUCCUGGGAGUGUUCCGGAUCCGGGCGGCACAUCAGCGAACCAUGCGGGACCAGGACACGGGCAAGGAGAACGAGAUGGACUGGGACGACUCUGCCUUGACCAUCACCGUCAACCCCAUGGAGACGUAUGAGGACCAGCACAGCAGUGAGGAGGAAGAGGAGGAGGAGGAGGAAGAGAGUGAGGACGGGGAGGAGGAGGAUGACAUCACCAGUGCCGAGUCGGAGAGCAGCGAGGAGGAGGAGGGCGGGGAGCACGGGGACCAGCAGAACGUGAACAGACAGCAGCAGCUGGAGUGGGACGACUCCACCCUCAGCUACUGAGCCGCCGCCGCUCCGUCACCGUUUUUUCUACUUCAGAAGACUCUGCUGUCAUCUGUCGUACAGUCCCCAGGGUCCACGAUGUACAAAGUCAUUCUGGCCAGUAGGUCUGCAGGCCCUCCCUUCGCCGAUCCUCUGCCCGUGCUUGGUGUGUAGGACCGUAGGCUCCCCCCGCCCCCGAUCUCUUUUAAGUUAUGUCAUCUCGCUCUGCGUGGCCCCCUCGCGCCUCCGGAAAAGCUGCAAUGACUGGACUCAUUGACAAAGGGUUAAAAUUGCUCACUCCCACCUGGUAAUCUGUUUUUUCUUUUUUUUAAAAAAGUUUUUAUUUUUUCCAUACUAGUGCAUGUAUAAAGUGGCAGAAUGGGGGUUAAUAUGUAGAUGAACUGACUUUUUAAUAUUUUGUAAAUAAAUCGGGAUUCCUCGUGUCCUCUGUGCUAGUGUAAUCCAGGGCUGGAAUGCAAAGUGAGGUGCAAACACUGAGCACAGGAGAGACCCUGCGGGCUCCUGCUCCCUCGUCCCCCGGACAAGGAGAAAAGGGCCUGCCCUACCCAGGCAGCUGGUACACUCCAGCCGCAGGCCUCAGGUCUUGGCGUGUGGCCGGGGCUGUCACGGGGCACGGACUUUGGUGCACUGCUCAGCAGGGGUGUAUGUGAGGGGGGAGGGGUGAUCAGGGACCCCUCUUUGGAGGUUGGAAAUGGCCAAGUCUUGUCUUUGGGAUUCUACCCAUUUCUAAUUUGGCAGAGGGCUGAGGGGAGCUGGGGUCCCUGGCCUCUUUGGCACUCUCCUCUGAUGACCGGCAGCUCCUCGUGCAGGAACCUGGACUUACCUCGCGCAGCCUUGGGGUUCCUGCUUCACAGCCCUGUGUUUCCCUGGUGGUGGGAGCGUGUAUCCACUACAGAGAUGGUGCGAACCGCCGGCUCACUCGGUUUGGGGAUGCAGUGGGCCUGAGUGACCUGUACUCAGAACAUCUGAGGCACAGAUGCACUGGAAGGACCCCAGAGGCCCAAAGGCCAAGUGCUAGAUCUUGCCCUAAACGGCCAUGAGCUCCUCUCUUCUCCCGGAGCCCCGGCGAAGCCCAGUCCCCAGAGCAGGAGCCCUGCUGCUCCGUGCCGUGCGAAGGACGAGGCGGACAGCAGUCAGGAGCUGAGGCCCCUAGAGCACUUUGUUUUUAAUUUACAUGUAAAACUUUAGAUUUCUAAAACUGGGGGGAAAUAAUUUUGAAUACUGUUGUGUGAUCAUAACUGCUAGUUCCGAGGACAUUGCCGGCUGUCCUGUGUCGUGUGGCCAUCCUCCAUGUACCAUCACCGUAGCUGCUCUGUUAGACCACGGAUAGGCGCUAACGCGGAGCCGAAACCUCCUCGCGCUGUCUGUAGCUGCUGUGGCCCCCUCUCGGGUGUGUAUAUUGAUGAUAGGUCGGAAAGUGUAAACACUACAAUAAAGUGCCCGUUCUAACUCCA